AUGAGUACAAUCACUAAAGAUAACGACGGGUGGAUCGAGGCUGCACCUUCCAAGGAGGAAACGGGGCCCAAAGAUGAGGCUAUUGAAAACAUUACAUCUCAAAUGGGAGAACUAGGGUCUGAAAAUUCCGCUACAAACCUACUCAAAUCGACUUAUGAAGUCACAGUUACACUUGCAGACCAACAAGCCGAUCCAAAUUCCCCUCUUUAUAGCAUUAAGAAAUUUGAAGAUUUAGGCCUCCACGAAAACCUACUCAAGGGAAUUUAUUCUAUGAAAUUUCAGCGCCCUUCCAAGAUCCAGGAGCGCGCCUUGCCCCUUUUGCUUCAAAACCCCCCGCGUAAUAUGAUUGGGCAAUCACAAUCUGGGACCGGGAAGACCGCCGCGUUCGUGUUAACUAUGCUCAGCCGCGUUGAUGAGAGCAACCCAGCUCCACAGGCUAUAUGCCUCGCGCCUUCCCGAGAACUUGCCCGCCAAAUCAUGUCCGUCGUAACCAGUAUGGGUCAGUUUACCAAGGUUACCACAGGCUAUGCGAUCAAGGAUUCUCCUCGGGACGCUCAAGUGCAAGCGCAAAUAAUUAUCGGCACGCCUGGGACAAUGGCCGAUAUGAUCAGGAAAAAGGCCAUCAACAUUACUGGAGUCAAGGUGUUCGUACUUGACGAAGCAGACAAUAUGCUGGAUCAACAGGGAUUGGGUGAUCAAACUCUGCGAGUCAAAAAUGCAAUGCCCAAAACCUGCCAGAUUGUGUUAUUUAGCGCAACAUUCCCACCUCUGGUCAGGAAUUUUGCUGCCAAGUUCGCGCCGUCUGCAAACGAAAUCAAACUUAAAGAAGAAGAGCUCUCCGUUGAGGGUAUCAAACAAUUCUACAUGGAUUGCAAGGAUGAGCAACACAAGUACGACGUAUUGGUCGAUCUAUAUAGUCUCCUUACAAUUGGUCAAAGUAUCAUUUUCUGCAAGCGUCGUGAAGUAGCCGAUCAGAUCGCUCGGCGAAUGAGUGCAGAAGGCCACCAAGUAUCAUCACUUCAUGGCGCUAAAGAUGCAGCCGAGCGAGACACGACGAUUGACGAUUUCCGAGACGGGAAGUCUAAAGUCCUUAUUACGACCAAUGUCAUCUCCCGUGGUAUUGAUAUUCUUCAAGUGAACAUGGUGGUGAAUUAUGAUAUGCCCCUCACGGGAGAUGGAAAGCCCGAUCCUGAGACGUACCUGCACCGCAUCGGUCGUACUGGACGUUUUGGACGCAAGGGUAUCGCCAUUAACUUCGUCCAUGACAGGCGAUCUUGGGAAGAGAUGAAUGCCAUCGAAAAGGCGCUCCAUCAUCCUAUCUUACGAGUGGAGACGAAAGAUUUCGAUGAGAUGGAAAAGACCUUGCAAAAAGCCAUGAAGUCUUGA